GGCCGGAACCGCCAUCUUCCAGUAAUUCGCCAAAAUGACGAACACAAAGGGAAAGAGGAGAGGCACCCGAUAUAUGUUUUCUAGGCCUUUUAGAAAACAUGGAGUUGUUCCUUUGGCCACAUACAUGCGAAUCUACAAGAAAGGUGAUAUUGUAGACAUCAAGGGAAUGGGAACUGUUCAAAAAGGAAUGCCCCACAAAUGUUAUCAUGGUAAAACUGGAAGAGUCUACAAUGUUACCCAGCAUGCUGUUGGCAUUGUUGUAAACAAACAGGUUAAGGGCAAGAUUCUUGCCAAGAGAAUUAAUGUGCGUAUUGAGCAUAUUAAGCACUCUAAAAGCCGAGACAGUUUCCUCAAACGCGUGAAGGAAAAUGAUCAGAAAAAGAAGGAAGCAAAAGAGAAAGGAACCUGGGUUCAACUGAAGCGCCAGCCUGCUCCACCCAGAGAAGCCCACUUUGUGAGAACCAAUGGCAAGGAGCCUGAGCUGUUGGAACCUAUUCCCUAUGAAUUCAUGGCAUAAUGGAUGUAAAAAUAUAUAAAAUAAAAGGUCAAGACCGCCGUACUAUAAAAAAAA